AUGAACACUGUUAAAUCUUUCUGGCUCGGCUGGGGUUCGCUCUGCCUCGGCGGUGCCGGCGCCUACGUUUUCGCCAAGCGAGAGAUCAACCGUGAGCGUCAAGCAAAGGAGGAGGCCAAGCGCCUGAAGAAGUACCAGAACAAGACUCUGGAGUCUUCCAUUCAGGACAAUGGACCGGCUGCGGCACGGGACGACAUUGCAGGCUCUCCGAGCCAAGAGGGCUCCAGUGACCCAGCACCCACGAGGCAUGCGCCGACCACCGAACAGCAGCAGGUGGACGAGAAGAGUAAAUUCGAGUCGAGAACGCCGUUUCGAAGUCCCAAGGGAGACAGAUUCUCGUAA